CUCCUAUCGAGCUCUCAUCCUCUCACACAACUACAGCAACGCAAAUCCAGCAGAUCAUCAAGAGGAGUCGCAAAUCCAUGGGAGCGGGGAUGAAGCGCGCGAGGGAGGAGGAGCCAGCUGUGUCGCUGGCGCUGUCUCUCAGCACGGACUCCUCGGCGUCGACUACGACGUCGGACAACUCGGCCUGUGCGCCGGCGGCAGCGGCCGCAGCGCCAAGGAAGAGGGCACGGGGGGGGAGGGUGGUGGUCACUUCGGGGGAGGGAGAGUUCGUCUGCAAGACUUGCGGCCGGGCCUUCGCGACGUUUCAGGCGCUGGGCGGGCACCGGACGAGCCACCUCCGCGGCCGCCACGGGCUGGAGCUCGGCGUCGGCGUCGCCAGGGCCAUCAGGGAGCGGCAAAGGCGCGGGGACAAGGAGCCGCACGAUUGCCACAUCUGCGGGCUGGGCUUCGAGACGGGCCAGGCGCUCGGCGGGCACAUGCGGCGGCACCGCGAGGAGAUGGCGCUCGACCGGUGGUUCGCGGUGUCAGAUCAGGAGGCGGGGCACCAGGCCGCCGCCGACCGGCUGCCUGUCUUGCUCGAGCUGUUCGUCUAGCCUGCUAGCUGGAUCUCAAUGCUUGUUAGUUCAGGACCUGUUUGAGUGUUUGUACAUGUCUUUAGAAUCAGAUAGAUUCACUAUUGCUCAACGUUGUAUAGAGUACGUUUUUGCUGGUUAGAGUUCUCGUUCUUGGUGGAUAUUUGCUUUGGAUCGGUCCCUUUCUUAA